UUAGCAUCGGAAGGCCAAGAAAAACAGGGCGCUACCAAACAGAGGAAAUUGGUGUUUUUGAUUCGUAAGUUCAUAACACCAACGCAGUUCUGCUUCUACACUUCAUUUUCCGAGAAAAAUUUCUUCCCUCCAAAGAUUAUUAAUCCCCCAUUGAUUGUUUUUUCAGAAUGAUUGACCCCCAAAUGUCACAAUUCUGAAAGUGAUUUGAGGUUUUGCUUCGUUUCUAUCCUCUGCUCAGCUUCUUUUCACAUGGGAUUUCUUUCUUUCCUUCAGCUUUUCCUUCUCCUUUCGCCUUUCUCCCUGUUUUUAUUCGCCUUCUAACCCACCAUACUUUACUCCCUUUUGUGGGUUUUCUUCUUCUUCUUCUUCUCCCUUUGUUUUCUGCAUUUUCUUCACUGUCUGUCACUUUCGGAUUUUUUGCAAUGUCGGGUUCGGCUAAAUUGCGACUGGUUCGAUGCCCCAAGUGUGAGAAUCUUCUCCCGGAGCUCGCUGAUUACUCUGUUUAUCAGUGCGGUGGAUGUGGUACCGUUCUACGAGCGAAAGUUAGAAAUCAGGAAGAAGACUCUUUGUCUUAUAAGUCUGAUGAGGACAGGGUUGGUGGGUCGUCUACUAAAUCCACGAGUACUCCCGAAAAAGGGACGGUUGAUCUUAGUGACGCCUCUGAUGUGGAUUUUAAGUCGAGUCCUGAUUCUUUGCCUAGUGAUCUAAUUGGCUCAGAGAAGGAUAAAGUGGAGGUUGCUGAGAAAUGUGAAGAGUACUUCAAUGGCAAGACUGAUAAAUGGGGUGUUCAGAAGGAUAUUAACUUGAAUAUAGAUAAAGGUGGUCUGAGUAAUUCGAUGGGAAUGAAACAAGUGGAUUUGAGUGUUCAAAUGAACUCGACCAUGCUUGGAUCAGGAAGAGAAUUGGAUUGGCAGAAGGGAGAAACAGGUGGGAUGGAGGAGGGGGUUGAGAAGAAGAACUCAAGGGAUGAUAUGGAGAGUGUGAGGUUCUCAACUUCUAACCACAAAGAAGAUCAAACAAAUUAUCGAUUGGAUUUCGUAUCUGGUGUCCAAGAGCUUUUAAGAAAUCGCAGCAACGCCAGUGGAGCUGAUAAAGUUAAGCACCUUGAACAGGACCGACUUGAGCUUUUGAGGAAGCUGGAUGAGUUGAAGGAUCAACUUGGUCAGUCUUGCAAUUUGGUUCAUAAUCCGAACCAAAUGGCUCCGGUCAAUUGUGGGGUGAAACCUGCUAAACCUUUUUAUCCCUCUGGUGCUUGGCCCAUGGAUGGUUCUUCAGGAUCAAAUGCCUCACAGCAGCUACUUGGGCCUGACAAAUGUAUUGCAGGUCCUUCAUUUUCCUCCUAUUGUCCAGAACCAUUUCCUCUUACAAAUGCAGUUGAAAUGCCCGCGCAAGGGUAUUAUCCAUCGAUGCAUAAUCCAAUUAAUACAUCUCGUUUUGGGGACCAUUUUGGUUCACAAAUGUUAAGACAAAACUCCUACCAGUUUUCAUGUGUGCAUCAACAACACCCUCACCAAUAUCAUUCUGGCCAUUACGUCGAUACCAGUGUGGAUCCAUUCAAUCACUACCCUCCUAAUCCUCCCUUUCAUCAGCCUUCUUGCUCCUGUUUCCAGUGUCAAAAUAGAUAUUCACAGGUUCCAGCUUCAGUACCCGGUUCUUACUACAAUAGAAGGUUUCCUGAUGUUCCAAACAAUUCCUCACUAUAUUCUCAUGAAAACGCUGCUGCUUAUGGUGCAUGUGUUAAUAAUAUUAGAACCACUAAUCCUCCCCUGAGUUUUCGUGACCGACAAGCUCACUCUAGAUGGCCAACUGACUUCAGUUCUGAAAUUGGUGGUGUCGUUGGCAGUCGUCCUCGGAGGACAGUGUUAGUCAGUGGUGGUCGUAAUUGCUAUCCAAUAGCUGGUGGUGCUCCAUUUGUAACAUGUAAUAAUUGCUUUGAAAUGCUGCAACUUCCUAAGAAGCUAAUGAUGGUAAAGAAUCAGCAAAGUGUUCGUUGUGGGGCUUGUUCUACAUUAAUCAGUUUUACCGUUAUCAACAAGAGACUUGUUUUCUCCAAUCAUUCACAGGCAGAUCCAUUUCUCUCAGAGGUUGAUGAUAGUGAUGGUCAGGCGGUUAGGGGUUAUAAUUCAAAAGUUAAUGGCUACUUGAACCGUACUAAUUUCUCGUCCGAUGAUUAUGAUAACACUGUUUACGAUUUUGAGUCACCAGACAGAGAGCCUGUGCUACAGGCCGUUGGGACAGGUUUAAGCUCAACUAAGCAACAAGAGAUGCAAAGUUUUCAUCCUUCCUCUUCAAGUACCUCAGAGGAUGAAGAUAGUCCAGAUGUUUUAACUGCUCCAAGGGAUGCUACAAACAAUUUACACAAUUUAAUUAAAACUACCCGCUCUCCUCCCCUUCCUGGUUCACCUCUUCAGUCAUACUUCGAUUACUCGUCUAAUAAUCAGGUGGCAAACAGGUUUGCCAAGGGAAACAGAAGUAGCCGUUCAGAUCAGGAGAAUGUGAAACCAAAUAAGGUUACCUCAAGGCAGAAUUCUUUAAAAGAAGCAUCACUGGCAACUGAGAUGGAUGUGUCAAUGAAUGACUACUCCAAUACUGUGGCAUUUCAAGAGUCACAGGAUGCAAACAAAGAAGAUAACCAGCCAAAAGCCAAUAAAGGAGGGGAGUCUUUUUUCGCAAACAUUAUCAAGAAGAGUUUUAGAUCUAAUCACGCAGAUGAGCGGAGCAGAAGUAAUGUUUCAGUUAAUGGACAAUUAAUACCAUACCGCGUAGUUAAGAAAGCAGAAAAGCUUGCUGGACCAAUCCUUCCAGGAAAAUACUGGUACGAUGCGCGAGCCGGAUUCUGGGGAGUCAUGGGUGGACCUUGUCUUGGCAUAAUUCCUCCUUUCAUAGAAGAAUUUGACUACCCCAUGCCAGAAAACUGUGCUGGGGGAAAUAGUGGUGUUUUUGUAAAUGGCAGAGAGCUUCACCAAAAAGACUUGGAUUUGCUUGCUGGUAGAGGGCUUCCCACUUCAAGGGGCAGAUCUUACAUUAUUGAGAUCUCCGGCCGAGUCCUUGACGAGGACACUGGGGAAGAGCUCGAAGGCCUCGGAAAACUAGCUCCCACAGUUGAGAAGGUAAAGCAUGGAUUUGGCAUGAAAGUUCCAAGAACAGCUUGUUAAUCAACAGAACAUCAUUGGGAUGAAAAAGCUGUCUAGUUAACAAAUCAUCUUUGGAUAAUAUUAGAUAUGAAGAAGGCCAUAUAGUUUGUCUGCAAAAGGUCUCUCAUCAUUUGUGUUAUUAUAGUGUUAUCUGUUUAGUUACUUUAGUGUUGAUGUUUGUGUGGCAUGUUCUCAAUAUGUGUCUGUAAAUUGUUGAUUCCUUCAAUCUUGUAUUCAACUGUUGAUAAGUAUCAAGUUUUCCACCAUUCUUUCUUGAAGGAAAAAGAAAUAUUU